UGUAGAUACAUAGAGAGCGAGAUACAUCACCUAGUGGUGGGAGAUAAUUCCUGAGGGAUGCUUUGGAGGAGUUGGGAGACGGAGGAAGCUGCAGGAUAUGCUUGCAUGUCGACAUGUUUUUUGUCGUCACUGGCACUGCUAAGCUUCUGGAUCCAUGGAAUCCAGAAUCACAGAUCUUCACGAGCAAGCUCGCAGCAACUUGUUGGCCAUAGACUAAAAAACUUUAUUGACUAGCCGAAAUUCUUCGUCGAAUUGGACGGCAAUCUGACCGAUCGACAUCUGCUGAGCAUGGCGACAAGCUUGAGAGUGAAGUGGCGCGAGGUGACACAGCCUGCUGGGGCACCAGUGGCUCGAAGCUCGCACGCGGUAGCCGUGGUGGGGAAGAAGGCGUACGUGUUCGGAGGGGAAUUUGAGCCUAGGGUGCCCUUGGACAAUGACGUCCAUGUCUUCGACCUCGAGACGCAGCAAUGGUGUGUCAUGGAGACGUCCGGCGACAAGCCUUCGCCGCGUGUGGGUGUGGGCAUGGCAGCCGUGGACAGCAUAGUGUAUAUUUUUGCUGGUAGGAACAAGGAUCACGAGGAAUUGAAUGAAUUCUACGCCCUCGACACCACUAACGGUGUUUGGAAGCUGCUUUCGUCUGGCUCCGAAAGCCCACCUCACAGGAGCUACCACGCCGUCGCAGCACACGAGCACAGGAAACAAGUGUUCACAUUCGGCGGAUGCGGAAAAAACGGCCGCCUCAACGACCUGUGGUGCUUCGACAUCGCCAAUGGCGUGUGGGAGCAGCUGCCGUCCCCUACCCCCGAGAGCAACCUCAUACCACGCGGUGGCCCAGGUUUAGUGGCAGUCCGCGACCAUGUAUGGAUAAUCUUCGGCUUUUGCGGCCACGAACUUUCAGACAUACACCGCUUCAACCUCGAUGAGCAGACUUGGGAGGAAGUCCAAUGCACGGGGGAGAAACCCACGGGGCGCAGCGUCUUCGGCACUGCCACCAUUGGCAGCAAGAUCGUGCUGUAUGGUGGUGAAGUUGAUCCUAGCGACCAGGGGCACAUGGGAGCCGGGGCAUUCUCCAGCGAGGUGCUGGUGCUUGACGCAUAUCACCUCUCAUGGAGCCGUCCGGAUGUGAGUGUGGAGGGUGAGCGGGAUCCAGGCGCGAGAGGCUGGUACGCCGCAGCCGCAUUCGGAAACUCCAUGCUGGUGUAUGGAGGCAACUCCGAUUCCAAUGACCGCCUCGACGAUAUCUUUGUGCUCUCCCUCGAAGAAUGAGGGUCACGGUCUGGGAGAAUCGUCGAGCUCUAGCAUCUUGUCGUCGAGAUCAGUGCCGAAAUCCAGUUGUCGACUUUUGAAGUGUCCGAUGUGUGACCCAAUCCACCCAAUCAUGGGUUCCUUUAUUGAUCGGUGGGGUAUUGGUCCUAUUCCAAUACCUAAUGGCCCAGCACUCAUCCAUCUGAAUCCUCGAAGUAUUUUGUCAGCGUUUUUUAUGUUGAAAUAGGAAGUUCGUCUUCAUAUUGUUGGAUAUCUUCUCGGGAUGCAUCCACUCAUGUAAUUACUGCAAAUCAAAUAAUCAGAAAAUGAAAAAUGAAAAAAAAAAAAAAAAAA